UAACUUGGCAACUCCAUUUAAAAGAUACAUCCACAUCUCCCCUCCCCAGCAUUAUUCUGACCAAAAUUUCAGAUCCAGAAAGUAAGGCUACUAGAAAGGACAUUGUCUUUGGCUUUAAUAAAUCUGCCAUUUCUAAAGAGGUUUGUUGGGAAAAAAAAAAAAAAAUUAAAGGACUCUGCACUAUUUCAUCUGUCCUACAGUAGAAAACACUAAGGAUUUUUUUAGCCUCCUUUCAGCACACCAUGUAAUUCAUCAUAUAUGUAAAAAAAUAAAAUCCAAAUCAUGUAUUCAUUUAAUUUCUCCCAGUGUAUUUGGGGAAAACUAAUUGCCUGAGAAAAGGCAGUCUUUACAGAUGAAAAAUAACGUUACUGGGAAAUAAUGUGGCGUAGUUAAGAUGCCUUUUGAAAUGAUUUUUAACAAAUAACAGUUUCUUUGAAUUUCAUAGGAGCAGAGAUUAUCAGAUGUCAACCCCUCCUGGACCGUUUUAAUGAUGCAUUCAUGGAUCUCAAGUCCUCACAAAAUGGGAAAGAAACAGAAUGGCAAAGGUAAAAAAGUUGAAGAGGCAGAGCCUGAAGAAUUUGUUGUGGAGAAAGUCCUGGACAGACGUGUUGUAAAUGGAAAGGUGGAAUACUACUUGAAGUGGAAAGGAUUUACAGAUGCUGACAACACAUGGGAACCUGAAGAAAACUUAGAUUGUCCAGAACUAAUCGAAGCUUUUCUGAACUCUCAGAAAGCUGGUAAAGAAAAAACAGAUGGUGCCAAAAGAAAAUCUUUGUCAGAUAGUGAAUCUGAUGAUAGUAAAUCAAAGAAAAAGCGUGAUUCUGUUGAUAAACCAAGAGGGUUUGCAAGGGGUCUUGAUCCUGAGCGGAUAAUUGGGGCUACGGAUAGCAGUGGAGAGCUUAUGUUCCUCAUGAAAUGGAAAGACUCUGAUGAGGCAGAUCUGGUGCUGGCCAAAGAAGCUAACGUGAAGUGUCCUCAGAUUGUAAUCGCUUUUUAUGAAGAGCGACUAACUUGGCAUUCAUGCCCAGAAGAUGAAGCACAAUAAUUGUUUGCAUUGCUUUUUUAUAUAUAUGAAUAUUAAAACCUGAAAUUUGAUUUAUUAGCAAUGUGAGAAGCAUACAUUCUAACAAGAAUCAAAUUUGAUAUUUUUUUGAAGUAGUAUGUUUUGCAUCAACAGCGAGUAAAUAAAAGCUUUCUGCAACUUGUUUCAUUUAUCACAAGAGAGCAUUUGAUACUACUACUUCCUCCAUAUUAGGUAAAAGCUUUUAUAAAAAGUUCAUAAACUUCCAUAGUUAUUACAGAAUCAUAAUGAAUGUCUAAACAAACUCACAGAUGUUUUGUAGUCUUCUAUACUAUUGAUGUGCAUGUAUCUUCUUUACCCGAACCUAGCCCUUUAAACCUGUAGAAUCAUUCUUUUUAGUAUUUGGGAUCACUUGGUCUCAAGAAGACCAGGUGAAAACUAACUUUGUAGUAAUUUGAAUGUUAUCAGACUGUAUAUUGUUUACUUUAUUGUAAAUACUGGUGAACAGUGGUCAAUAAAAUAGUUUUAUAUUCUUCCUUUA